UUUCCCUCUUCUCCUCCGCAUCCUCCUCCCACCUCUUCUUGCCUCCUCCUUGUUUCUGAGAUCUGUGGUUUCGAUCACCGGCGUCUCCUGGCAGGAGUUACCGGUUCGUGGGGCUCCAUCCAUCCGCCGCUUUCGCAUUCCACUUUCGUGGUUUUUGAGUUGCUUCCCUGACGUCUCUAAUCUCCCCCGCGAGUUCUUGGACGUGAGAAAUGUACAAGAGCGUCGGCAGGCCCCGCCGCUCGAAGGAGCCGCAGCUCGGCUCCGGCCGGCCCGCCGCUGCGACGUCGUCCCCCGGGGAUGGUUUUGUUCAAUCCAGAAGACGAAUGGAUACCUCAAGGAUCACACGUGGUUCUUCUCAUAAAAGUAACUCUUUCGCUGAAGAAAAUUCUUUUGCCCUCGAGUUUGGACGAUGCUCGUCUAAGGAAGCCAUUAUGAAGCCUAUACAAACAUUAAUGGAUGAAGAUAUGUCAAAAGAAAUGGAAAGUAGGCAUGCCUCUCCAAGUGUAAUUGCGAAACUGAUGGGUCUCAAUACGCUCCCCUCGCCGCCUCCAGUAGCCCAUAAAGAACUGAAAAAUGUUGAAGCUUAUUUUCAGCCAGAAUCAUCUACUGGAUUUCAGGGAAAUUUUGUGCCACCAAAGGUGCAUUCACACCACAAAUGUAUUAAUGAGGAUCAAGAAUUCAAAGACAUUUUUGAAGUGAUGGAGACAGCAAAAUUUAGGAAACAUAAGAACCGAUCAACCAGGAAGACGAUGCUAAGUUCUAAAAGAAGUGAGACUGGCAUGAAUUUUGUAAGGCAAAAGUUCAUGGAUGUCAAGCGUCUUUCAACUGAUGAAGCACUUCAGAACUCUAAAGAGUUUGAUGAUGCACUGGAAAUUCUUCAUUCCAACAAAGACCUUUUCAUGAAAUUACUACAAGAUCCUGACUCUUUGUUCAAUAGACAUCUCAAAGAUGUUAACCAUCUACCACCCUCUUCUCAUCCAAGCCAGAUUACGGUACUAAAAUCCUCUAUAGUUGAGAAGCACAGGAACACUGAAUGGUCAAAAUCAGAAAGGAAAUAUGGAAGGUACUCUCAUAUGCAAAAUGAAAUUACAAGCUCUAUUAGGAAAUCUACACAAGGCUUUACCAAUCGCUCUCGUAGGGAAUACAGUAGUUUUGUUCCCCACAAUUCUUCAACACCACCAUACAUGGGCAAGACUGAAACUCAUGUACAUCCUACACGCAUUGUUGUUUUGAAACCAAGUCUUGAGAAGACCCAAAAGAUGGUUGGUCCUGUUUCCUUUUCACAUGAGAACUUACAUUUUGGAUCAAGAAAGCACAGAGAAUUUGCAGUUUCUGCAAUUCAGAAGUUACAUAAGGAAGGAACAGACAGGCAGAAGUUUUCUGAAAAUGUGGAGUAUUUGGGGCACACAACAAAGGAUUCCAGAGAUAUUGCCACAGAGAUUGCAAGACAGUUGAGUUAUACUGUAGGUAACCAUUCGAAUAGGCAGAUCGCCUCAGAACUGAACACACAUAUAGGGAGUGGAAGUCCAUUUAUCCCAUCAGAUCUUGCUAAGCUCAACAAUACUGAAUCAUUUUGCCAGUUUCCUAACCACUCUGAUGAGUGGAGUAUUGACUUCAGCUCUCCAUCUUCAUACUCAAUUGAAUCAUCUGUGAGCAGAGAGGCCAGAAAACGCAUGUCUGAGAGAUGGAAAAUGACCCACCAGUGUCAGGAUGUUGGGCUUGUUGUCAGAGGCAUGAGCACACUGGGUGAAAUGCUUGCUUUAUCUGAUAGAGAGACACCAGAUGCCACUGUGGUCCCAUUAGGUACAAAGAAAGUUUCAGAUGACAAAUUCUCUGGAAACAAGUCAUUUGGAACCUGGGGAUUUUCUUUAGGUAUUAGCAGCAAGAACAGAUCUACAAAAUUGCAAAGGUCCAAGUCUCUUCCUGCUAAGUCCACUACAAUUGAAAGUCCUAACGUAAGCUACAGAAAACAAGGUGGUGAUAGUGCUAAUGAUGACUGUUAUAUGCUCAAGGAUGUACUGAACAUGAGUCCUGAUGAUUUCUCAGUCGAAAACUUUGGUAAGAGGCAAAAGCCACUUUCCAGAAGCUCUAGGCAUCGCACCAACAAGAAUCGCCUGUCACAUUCUAUUGGAGCAGAAAAUGAGCUACCUGAGCUGGAUAUUUAUGUACAUUCAGAAGAACCGAGGAAGAGCAUUCAUCUGAGAGACCUCUCAGAAGAACAGCAUGUACUUCUAGCACACCAUGAUGAGCCUCACGUUGACAUAAAGCACCUAACAAACACCCCCUCGGUUCUCACUUGUGAAGACGCAACAAGUCUGACUACUCCAGGAGAGCAUGUGAAGCAAUUUGUUAAGCAGUUGACACCUGAGAAUGAAGAACUAUCUGCCCACAAUCUUAAUGACAUUAUCAAUAAGACACUCCAGGAAGAUUUAGCUGACCAUCCCCAAGUUGAUCCACUUCUAUCUCAAUCAGAGACAUCUGAAGCAAGCCUACUAAGCUCCAAGGAGUGUGAACAGCAAAGUCCAGUCUCUGUCCUAGAGCCUCCGUCUGAAGAAGAAAGUUCAUGUUCAGGCUGCUUUGAGAGAAUAAGUGCUGAUCUUCAAGAGCUCAGAAUGCAACUCAAUCUUCUUAAGCUGGAGUCGGCAGAAAGGUAUGAAGAGGAAUUGGGCAUCAGCAUAUCAAGUGAUGAGGAUUCUGCAGGAGAUAGUCUGUCAGUUCUACCAACAGGGGAGAUAUUUCAAGCCUUCAAGGAUGAAGAUGACAGAGAUUUCUCAUACUUACUCGACAUGCUCAUUGCUUCAGGUAUUCAUGGUGCUGACCAAGAUAGACUCUUGGAUGCUUGCUACUCGCUUGAUUAUCCAGUAAACCCACAUGUUUUCGAUGAACUUGAAAGGAAGUACGGUGUGAUGGCAUCAUGGUCAAGAUUAGAAAGAAAGCUGUUGUUUGAUCUUGUUAAUUGCGUUUUAGCGGGUAUCGUGGCCUCAGGCAUUGGUCCCCGCCCAUGGGCACCAUCAAAUAGGUCUACGCACACAUGGGAACACGAGGAUCUCCUUGAAAGGCUGUGGCAAAUGGUGGUUAACCAAAGGAAGGAGAUGGAUUGCAAUCUGGAGGAGUUUCUGUAUCCUAGAUGGUUAGAUAUCGAAAAUAGCAUUGAAGUAAUUGUUAAAGAGAUGGAGAAAUUGUUAGAGAAUGACCUCUUGGAAGAAAUUGUCAUGGAGUUUAUCAUCAUCCAGUAGGUUCUUCUACAGCUCUAUUGCUAGCCCUAUAUUACGCAACUGCAAACAGAAUAGUUGAUGGAUGACCAGCCAACAGAUGAUUGUUGAAUGGGAGUUGGGAUUAGCUUACUUCCAACUCCACUCCCUUCCAUUGCACAACAUGACAUUGAUGAAUCUCACAAAAUGUAUCAUACCCUGCUGCUUUUCUGGCAAAUUCAAGCUGCAUCCAUCAUCCAAGGCCAGACAUGGUCAAGUAUGCUACCUUGAAAGCAUCGGUCAAGUUGACUACUAUUGUGUAGCAAUUGGUAAGAACUUGCAAAGCAAUUUGCUAAAUACAAACUUCUUCAACGUAGAUGGUUGGCCUGUGGGCACAUGAUUUCACUUUAUUGUAUUCCCAAGUAUUAUUGCAUGGUAAA